AUGUCCAAUUCACAACAAAUAGCUCAAAACGCUCGUAAAGCAGGUAAUAUUUUGAAGACCAUCUCGAACGAGGGUAGGUCAGAUAUCUUAUACAAAAUUCACGAUGCCCUAAAGGCUAAUGCGCAUGCCAUUGAAAAGGCCAAUAAAAUGGACUUAGCUGUUGCUAAAGAGACUGGUCUGGCGGAUUCUUUACUAAAACGUCUCGACCUGUUUAAAGGGGACAAGUUUGAUGUCAUGUUACAAGGUGUCAGAGACGUAGCCGAGUUGGAAGACCCUGUUGGUAAGGUUAAAAUGGCCAGAGAAUUAGAUGAUGGCUUGACGUUGUACCAAGUUACCGCUCCAGUCGGUGUUUUGUUAGUUAUCUUUGAAUCCCGUCCAGAAGUAAUUGCCAAUAUUACUGCAUUGAGUAUCAAGUCGGGCAAUGCUGCAAUUUUGAAAGGUGGUAAAGAGUCUGUGAACACGUUCAGGGAAAUGUCAAAGAUCGUUAAUGACACCAUUGCGCAAUUCCAAAGUCACACUGGCGUUCCUGUGGGCUCCGUGCAAUUGAUCGAAACCAGACAGGAUGUUUCCGAUUUGUUGGAUCAAGAUGAGUACAUUGACUUAGUUGUUCCUCGUGGUUCUAAUGCCUUAGUGAGAAAAAUCAAGGACACCACAAAAAUUCCCGUGCUGGGCCAUGCAGACGGUAUUUGCUCAAUUUACUUGGAUGAAGAGGCAGAUUUGACCAAGGCGAAAAGAAUUAGUUUAGACGCUAAGACUAAUUACCCAGCUGGAUGCAAUGCUAUGGAAACAUUGUUAAUUAACCCAAAAUUGUCGAAAUGGUGGGAAGUUCUGGAAAACUUAACCUCGGAAGGCGGAGUGACUAUUCACGCUACAAAGGACUUGAAAACUGCAUAUUUUAAUAAACUAAAUGAGCUAGGAAAAUUAACAAAAGCAAAUCAAUCCAAAACCGUUGAUGCCGAUGAAGAGCAAGAUUUCGAUAAGGAAUUUUUAUCCUUGGAUUUGGCUGCCAAAUUUGUUACAUCUACAGAAGCGGCUAUUCAACACAUAAAUACUCAUUCUUCGAGACAUACCGAUGCUAUUGUAACGGAGAACAAAGCAAAUGCUGAAAAAUUUAUGAAGGGUGUCGACUCCUCUGGUGUUUACUGGAACGCAUCAACUAGAUUUGCGGAUGGUUUCAGAUACGGUUUUGGUGCUGAGGUAGGUAUUUCUACCUCCAAAAUUCACGCACGUGGUCCGGUUGGUUUGGACGGCCUGGUUAGCUAUCAGUACCAAAUAAGAGGUGAUGGUCAGGUCGCGAGUGACUAUCUCGGUGCUGGCGGUAACAAGGCCUUUGUUCAUAAGGAUCUAGAUGUAAAGACUGUCACAUUGUAG